GUAACUGCAGGUGUACAGAGCAGCAUGCUCUGGCACUGCAGUGUAGCCUGGAGUGUUUUUAAGUCAUGUAAUGGGUUUAGAGAAUAUGUGUAAAAUACUUGAUGCCCAGCAUCUAAACGCAGGGAUGGAGUUUCAGAGAAUCCAGUAAAAUCGAGCAUUAGCUUUAAGGAGGAUGACUUUGGUACAAGAAGGCUGCUGUAGAAAUGAAGGCCCGUGUGAAUGAGGGAAAUGUGUCUCUGUUUUUGUAAGGUCAGCAGUUUCCAGUAUAAAAGUUCAGAGCAAUACAACACAAGCGAAGGCGCACAUGGUCGACUGUGGGUGAGAGGAGAGCACGGUCGCCGCAUGCAGGCCCCGCUAACCCGUGUCCAUGUGUCCUUGGGCAACAUUGCUCCUAUAGCUGUGACUACAGUGUGUGAAUGCUAGUCACUGGGGAAGGUGCCACUGUGUAUGGGAGCUCCUGUCAUCAGUGUGGGAAUGAAGAUUUAAGCGCUAAACAAUUAUAGUCCAUUUCCCCUGUACCACAUGGAUACAGUGUACCAUCCCUCCAGGGCCUACCAGGUGAAGUAGUGUCAAAGACUCCUCAGACUGCUGGAUCUGUGCUGACUGUGCAGACUAAACGUGGGCUGGAUAGCAGGUAUUCUGAGGAGAGGAGAGGAGUUUGGGCUGAGGGACAGCUUCCAGGUGGGGAAAGAGUCCUCGUCGUGAUCGUUACACUCGAUUGCUCUGCGCAGUCGUCGGUACACUUUCAACUGCACACAACUGGAGGUAACAGGACAGUGAGUAAUGAGACAUUCGGGCACACACAGACAUGGACGUGUUGUGUGAAUAGCAAUAACGAUAAGACAGCUCAAGGAGUGCAUGCGAGGCUCCUUGGGGCGAAGAAGAGUGACGAGGAAGCCUGUGAGGAGGAGCUGAGUGUCAGCUAGCUGCUCCCCGAUCGACACGGAGAGGCUUUCCUACAACACCUCUGACUGACCGUAGGACUCCUCUCAUCCUGUGACACAAUCAGGGGAGGUGGCGGAGGAUGGAACCACAGAAACUUCAUUUCCAGGAAACCUGCACUUGGUGUUGGUGCUCCGCCCCACGGGCUUGUUCAGCUCGGCCCCGAGUCCGUCUUCAAGCACUGACCUGGGCUUCCGCUUCAGCCAGGAUGACUUCCUGUUAAAGAUGCCGGUGGUGAUGCUGCGUUCGGUCGGUGACCUGCUGCGGUACAUCGAUGAGAACCACCUGACAACGGACUUCACGGCCAAAGUGGAAUACUGCCAGAGUGACUGGGUCGUCCUCCGAACGGCCAUUGAGACCUUUGCAGUAACAGUGAAGGAGAUCGCCCAGCUGCUGCAGGCCUUUGGGUCGGAGCUAUCUGAGAGCGAACUUCCAGAUGAAGCCAAUGCCAUCGAGUUCCUUCUGCACUCCCACACGCACCGAUACAGACAGAUGAAGGACGACAUCCGCAGCGUGCAGAAAGAAGGGAGGCUGCUGCUUUCGAACCUGGAGACUGUGAAGGCCUCCAAGAGAGAUGUAGAGGAGGAGAGGGACCUAAAAUCAGACAUGGACACUGUUCAAAGACUCCUCGCCCAGCUCAGAGACAUGGAGGAGGCGUUCGAUGGCUUCUUUGAAAAGCACCACCUGAAGAUGCAGCAGUACCUCCAGCUGCUUCACUAUGAAAUGAGCUUUCAGCAGAUGGAGGAGGUCCUGGAGAGAAUCGGUAAACAGGAGAUAGACAUUGCCUCCGUGGGGACCACCGUGGUUCAGACUUCACAGCUGCUGGGGGACCUGGAGAUGCUGGACACACGCGCUCAGGAGGAGAUGGCCCGUGCCCAGCUGGUGAUCCUGCACGGCCACCAGCUGGCCGCCAGCCACCAUUACGCCCUGGCGCUCAUUGUCCAGCGCUGCAACGAGCUGCGACAUCACUGUGACAUCAUCACUGCUGCCAUACGCACCAAGCGGGCCUCGCUUACCCGCGCACGGGACCUGCUGCUCCGACUUGAAGGGGCCCUCCGGUGGUGUGAUGAUGGCGCCUAUCUCCUGGCCAGCCAGAUGGUCGACAAGUUCCAAACCAGGGAGGGUGCCCAGGAGGCACUGCAGUACCUGAGCUGCCACCAGGAGAGGGCGCCAUCUGCACUGAAAAACAGCCAGGACAUUCUAAGCCUGGAGUUUGAGGGCAUACUCACCCCACAGCUGCAGUCUCAAAUCGCCACGGUGACAGAGAAGCUGAACGCGGUGCAGUCUAUGAUCAGAAACCGAGAGCAGUGUCUGAGGAAGCUGGCGGACGUACAAGUCAGACCGAUUCAGCUGGUGGCCCCGAGGCCUGAACCCGACCAGGCCUCGCAGCGCUGCAAGUCACCCCUCUUCUCCCCCAAACAUGGUGUAGACUUUAACGUUCUGAACUCCAAGUUCUCCUUUGACUUGCUACCUGGCAAAAGAGCCGCGAGGAGGAACAACAACCAACGCAAGAUCGAGGUUAUGCACGACUUCCAAGGCAACCGCAGCUGUCUGUAUGGCUCCACCACUGAAACAGAUUCAGAGGCAGAAGACAAUCCAGAACAGGUCUCCCGUCAUAUUAUGAAGGAGCUGAUAGCUACAGAGAGGAUCUACGUGGACGAGCUGCUCUCGGUCCUUCUGGGUUACAGGGCAGAAAUGGAAGACCCAUCCAUGUCUGAUCUAUUUCCUUCAGCUCUACGCAGUCAAAAGGACGUUCUCUUUGGCAACAUGCCAGAGAUUUACCAGUUCCACAGCAGGAUCUUCCUCCAAGAUUUGCAGGGUUGCCUGGAGACACCAGAGAGGGCGGGGACUUGCUUCCUGCAACGGAAAGUGAAGUUCAAGGUGUAUGAGCGCUACUGCCAGAACAAGCCUUGUUCCGAGUUGCUAUGGAGACAGUGCUCCGAUUCACCCUUCUUUAAGGAGUGCCAGAAGAAGCUGGACCACAAGCUUGGUCUGGACUCUUACCUCCUAAAACCAGUCCAACGUCUCACCAAGUACCAACUGCUCCUCAAGGAACUGUUGAAGCACUGCACGGAGGAGCGAUACCGCUGUGAACUCCAGCAGGCUCUGGACUCCAUGCUCGAGCUCCUGAAGUCUGUCAACGACUCCAUGCAUCAGAUAGCCAUCACUGGAUACCAGGGGGACCUGAGCCAGCUGGGCCGAGUGGUGAUGCAGGGAGGCUUCAGCGUGUGGAUCAGCCAUAAGAGGGCGGCGGUGCGGAUGAAGGAGCUGGCCAGGUUUAAACCCAUGCAGAGGCAUCUGUUCCUCUAUGACCUCGCCCUGCUUUUCUGCAAGCGCAGAGACGAAGACGCUCACGAGAGGACCCCCUUCUACAGCUUCAAGUCCUGCCUCAGAAUGAGUGCAGUGGGAAUCACAGAGAAUGUGAAAGGAGAUGUGAAGAAAUUUGAAAUCUGGUACAGUGGCAGAGAAGUAGUGUACAUAGUUCAGGCUUCCACUCUGGAGGUAAAAGUUGCCUGGCUGACAGAGAUUCGAAAAAUCCUCACCAACCAGCAGAAACUGUGUCAAGAUGAGGCUCCUUCUCUUCCACUUUCAGACAACCCACUCUCUGACAGUGCAUCAGAGAUGUGUGUGUCGUGGGGCGCAGCGUCGGUGGGAGGCUGCUCAGCGUGUCUCCCUGUUCCUCACAGCUCCUCGACAACAAGUUACUCCCACAGGCUGCGAGGGGGAGAGUCAACAGACAACAGCCCCGCCCACACCGACCCCAUAGUUCACUCACCUCGGCGCACCUGGCCGGUUCCGGCCCACUCGGUGGCCAUCUGUGACGGUCUGGAGGACUGGGGUGCAGCUACGGACCUCUCCAACCUAUCGGACUCGGACGAAGAGGAUCAGCCAGCCCCCCUGGUGGCGGGCAGGUACAGGGUCAUGGUAGAGAGCAGCAUGGCCAGCACUGAUGACAUCAUCUUUAACUGCGGCGAUGUCAUCCAGCUGCUGAACGAGGAAGUGUCGGGAAUGUGGAUGGUGAGAAAUGUGAGUCGUGGGGAAGAAGGCCGUGUUCUACCCGAGGACCUGCACAGGAUUCUGGGAGAGACCUGCUAAGAGCCAAUCAGAACAGUAGAUAAAUGGCACACAAUCUGAUCAAAAAGGGACCCGUCACACUGCAGAGAGCAGACCCUCAGAUUGAAGCACAUCAGCCGCCCAUUUUACUCUUCCAACUACUGUGAUAUUUUCACCCACAGAAGGCUGUAAAAUGCAGAAUGGACCUGUGAAGACUGUGACGAUGCAAAGCACCUAUCUGGGACCUUGUUUUCCAGCUGUAGAUUAUGUGGAAAUGGGGUUAUACCAGAAGAGGUUGAACUUUAAUCAGACAUGUUUUAUCAUUUCUAUUUUCUUAUGAAAUGUGACCGAAAUCAUGCACAUUAGCAUAUCAUGAAUGUUCAUGUGCCAAACAGCUAAUUGUUGUGGCGUCUUUUUGUAUAAAACUGACAGUAAUGGAAAAAUAGCUUUUCUUUGUGGUGUUGUUUUCAAUGAUUUGAUUGAAUUUGUAAAGCAGUCAGCUAGGUCAUUAUGCAUGUUGCCAAUUGCCAUGGUUACUCCAACUCAACAGCAGACAAUUAGCCAUCCACUUGAUGGAUUUACCUGACAGGAACAUGAACUAAGAGAACAAAGAAAUAUUCAGCAAUAUUGAGUAAAGGUCUCCCAAGUCGUAUCAGUCAUAGUGCGUAUUGCUUUGCCACCUAUAUGGUGUUGGUGAGGGUAGUGUAUGGGAAAAUGUAAUUGCUAAAACCCCUAUGGAUAAUCUUUUCUUACCAUAGGUUGAAUUACUAGCAUUAGGCUAUAUUCUAUUUAGCCUGGUCUGGUUCACAAUGCUUCAUUGGGACAUUUAUCAUUGGAGCAGAGCUUUCAUUAAUAUUCAUUGAUGUUCAAUUUUAGUUCCACCUGUUCGUCUCCUUAUCACAAGGUAAAUGUUUCCUGUGAUGAAAGGUGUAUUGACGCAGCACUCUUUGUCAGUAUUCAAUAUGUGCUACCUGGGGAAAGUAUACUACAGAAUGCAGGCUUAACAUUGGCUUCAUUGUUGCGUGUUGUUGUGAUUCGGUUUGCGGUCAGCUGUCACACACAAAUAGCGAUACUACAAUAGUGAGAUCAUUUUCCAUGAGAUGUCUUUUGCUGCGGCUGAUAGUGUUGUUAUUUUUGUCAACAUUCUUUCUCCAAUUGUUGUGCAUCUCUUCCAUCAAAUGAAUCUCGCUCUCCUCUGCUGCAGCUGUCAUCGCCACGGCGAUGAGGCUUUGUGUUUCUGCUUGUUUGCUGCUCUGCGUAGACCAAUCUCUGCACAUGCCUGCUGCUAUAUUGCUAGUUUAGGCCAACAUGGGAGCUAUGCUCAGUGUUAUUGUUAUGCCAAUUAAUAGAUUAGGUUUGAAUUAUAGGUGCCAGCUGAACUAUUACAGGUAUACUGUGGAUUACUACAUGUUUAUGGAUUUUGAAUUUAGAAAAAAAAAAAAAACAGUCGCCGGAGACUCUUUUAGCUCCUUUAAAACUGGCUAGUCAGAUUCUCUUCACACCAACAUUUGAGCAGUGUGAAAAGAUGGAAUGAAAAUACUUAAUAUAAUACAAUACAUAAACUGUAACCCUGAAUACACGUUUUCACCCACAGUGGGGACGUUAUACCCACUUGAUAGUGAGGGCAGUGUAAAUAGGGUGUGACCAAAAAAACUCAAUGUUUAAGUUAUUUGAUAUCCACCAAACACAGGCUACAAUGUAACAUCAGCUGUGUUAAUAAUGGUCAAGCUUCAAUACGGGUUUUCCACAGUACCUUUACUUGCUGAUUGCUGCUUUUGCUCAUUUUUUGAUAUUUUGAAUCAUGUGAAAGCUUGUAUUAUAUUGCCUAUUUUCCUAAAUAUAAAUCACAGGAUUAUUUAAUUUGA